AUAAGACGCUUCGCAGUGGUUACCAUAGGAACGAAGUUGCCAUUCUGAUUGGACAACACACCUGCCUAUCUUCUUCGUGUCGCCCCCCUAAUGGGCGGGCUCAAUUUCUCCCAGACAGCCACUGGAAGCAGCUGUGCACCGUGACGGCGUUGAGAAAAAACGUCAGUUGGGAGAGAUGGUGAAGUUUGGUGUCUGGGGCAAUACACUCUGAACAACACACGGCUAAGAGAAGAGCGACUGAAUCUGGGUGUCGUGUUUUUCCGAAGCAGCAGUGACGAGGAGCCGCGACGAUGAAUUAAGGAAAUGAGCUUUGAUUUGGUACCUUGGGAUAUUUCACAGAGAAAAAAGAACUCGUGAUAGAGUGUGAGACUUGAGGACAUUUCAUUCAUCAGGGAUCCUUGCAGUUUUGAGGCACUGCCGGUGUCCAUCUGGGCUGCAGGUCACAUCUUGAACACAAAAUCCAUUAAUGGUUGAAGAGCAGAGCAGCCCUCUACAGAAGAGUCAGCCUCCAAUCCAGCACUGUGCUAGCCCUGAGUAGCAAACCUCCUUCUGCAUGGGUUGGGGCUCAGGUGUGGGAGGAGAGCGGCCAGUUCAAUGAGUCAUCCUUUUCUCCCCUGUUUGGAAAUGGAAUCCCUGAUGCACGCAGAGCUGCAGGACUGAACGGCACGCCGCGCCCUCCAAGAUGGAGAAGAAACGCAGAAAGAAAUGAGAAAAGAACUGAGCCUUUCAACUAGGCCUCUUUAGCAUGGACCAGGCAACAAACACUUGACCUGUUCCCAUCGUUCUGUUAUUUAUCUUUUCUUUUGGAUUGCGCUUAAGUGCGGUGCGUAGCUCCCUUAUGGGAGGGAUGAACUGAGGCCUGCACAGGGCCUUUUGGGAAUACAUAGCGCGGUGUGAAACGCCUUGGGGACCAUGAAGCUCACCGCUGUCUGGCUUUCGGUGCUGUUGGUCCUGCUGUGUGGCAGGAGGCCCCUGGGGACGUGGCCAGGGAGCGCUGCGACCUCACUUGAAGGGCUCCUGUGCCCCAACUGCUCCCACCUCACCCUCAAAGUGGAGUUCUCCUCCACGGUGGUGGAACACGAAUACAUAGUGGCCUUCAAUGGGUACUUCACUGCCAAAGCCAGGAGCCAGUUCAUCUCGAGCGCGCUGAAGGGCUCGAAGGCCGUGGGCUGGCGGAUCGUGCUGCGGGACAACCCGGCCAGCGACUUCCCGAGCGAUUUCGAGGUGGUGCAGAUCCGGCAGUCCGCCCAGGACGGGGUGCUCACGCUUCAGGACCACCCCUACAUCAAGCGAGUCACCCCCCAGCGCAAGGUGUUCCGCAGCCUCAAGUUCACCCACUCAGCUGACCCGCCCGCCCCGUGCAACGACACCCGCUGGACCCAGAAGUGGCAGUCCUCGCGGCCGCUGCGCCGCGCCAGCCUGUCGCUGGGCUCGGGGUUCUGGCACGCCACGGGCCGCCACUCCAGCCGCCGCCUUCUGAGGGCCAUCCCGCGCCACGUGGCGCAGAUCCUGCAGGCCGACAUCCUCUGGCAGAUGGGGCACACCGGCUCUGGGGUGAAGGUUGCAGUGUUUGAUACUGGGCUUAGUGAGAAACACCCACACUUCAAAAAUGUGAAAGAGAGAACCAACUGGACCAAUGAGAAGACCCUGGAUGAUGGGCUGGGCCAUGGCACAUUUGUGGCAGGGGUCAUCGCAAGCAUGAGAGAGUGCCAGGGGUUUGCUCCUGACUCCGAGCUGCACAUCUUCCGAGUGUUCACCAACAAUCAGGUCUCGUACACCUCUUGGUUCCUGGAUGCCUUUAAUUAUGCCAUCUUGAAAAAGAUAGACGUUUUAAACCUUAGCAUUGGAGGACCAGACUUCAUGGACCAUCCUUUUGUUGAUAAGGUGUGGGAGUUGACUGCUAACCGUGUGAUCAUGGUCUCGGCUAUUGGAAAUGAUGGGCCACUGUAUGGCACCCUCAAUAACCCUGCUGACCAGAUGGAUGUGAUUGGAGUAGGAGGAAUUGACUUUGAAGACAACAUCGCAAGGUUUUCCUCUAGGGGUAUGACAACCUGGGAGCUUCCAGGUGGCUACGGCAGGGUGAAGCCGGAUAUCGUCACCUACGGCUCUGGCGUCCGGGGCUCCGGGAUGAAGGAAGGGUGCCGCUCUCUGUCGGGAACCAGCGUGGCCUCGCCGGUGGUCGCCGGAGCCGUCACUCUGCUGGCCAGCACUGUGCCGAACCGGGAGCUGGUGAACCCUGCAAGCAUGAAGCAGGCUCUCAUUGCCUCGGCCCGCAGGCUGCCUGGAGUCAACAUGUUCGAGCAGGGCCAUGGCAAGCUGGACCUCCUGAGAGCGUAUCAGAUACUGAACAGUUACCGGCCCCAGGCCAGCCUGAGUCCAAGCUACAUUGACCUGACCGAGUGCCCGUACAUGUGGCCGUAUUGCUCCCAGCCGAUUUACUAUGGAGGAAUGCCAACCAUUGUUAAUGUCACCAUUCUGAAUGGGAUGGGUGUGACAGGCAGGAUUGUUGACAAGCCUGUCUGGCAGCCCUAUCUGCCUCAGAAUGGAGACCACAUUGAUGUGGCUGUGUCCUACUCCCCUGUGCUCUGGCCCUGGGCCGGCUAUCUCGCCGUCUCCAUCUCUGUUGCUAAGAAGGCAGCAUCAUGGGAGGGGAUUGCCCAGGGCCAUGUGAUCGUCACUGUGGCAUCGCCCGCAGAGAACGAUUCCAGUGUGGGUGGGGAGCUGACUUCGACCGUGAAGCUGCCGGUGAAGGUGAAGGUCAUUCCCACUCCUCCACGCAGCAAGAGGGUGCUGUGGGAUCAGUACCACAACCUGCGCUACCCCCCGGGCUACUUUCCCCGGGACAACCUCCGCAUGAAGAACGACCCCCUGGACUGGAAUGGUGACCACAUUCACACCAACUUCCGGGACAUGUACCAGCACCUGAGGAGCAUGGGCUAUUUCUUGGAAGUCUUGGGGGCGCCUCUCACCUGCUUUGAUGCCAGCCAGUAUGGGACUCUGCUGAUGGUGGACAGCGAGGAGGAGUAUUUCCCUGAGGAGAUCACCAAGCUGCGACGGGACAUUGACAACGGGCUGUCGCUCAUCGUCUUCAGCGACUGGUACAACACCUCCGUCAUGAGGAAGGUCAAGUUCUACGAUGAAAACACCAGACAAUGGUGGAUGCCCGACACAGGUGGGGCCAACAUCCCAGCGCUGAACGACCUCAUCUCAGUCUGGGGGAUGGCAUUUAGUGAUGGCCUGUACGAAGGAGACUUUACCAUGGCUGAUCACGACAUGUACUAUGCCUCUGGAUGCAGCAUUGCGAAGUUUCCUGAGGAUGGAAUAGUCAUAGCCCAGACUCUGAAAGACCAAGGAUUGGAAGUGUUGAAGCAGGAGACUGCCGUGGUGGACAAUGUCCCCAUACUGGGGCUUUACCAGACGCCCUCUGAAGGAGGGGGCAGGAUUGCUCUGUACGGAGACUCCAAUUGCAUAGACGACAGCCACAGACAGAAAGACUGUUUCUGGCUUCUGGACUCCCUGCUGCAGUUCACCUCCUUUUCCACGAUCCCUCCCAGCCUCGCCCACUCCAAGAGCAGACUGCCGCCCCCCACGGGCACAGAACGCCCACUGCCAGAGAGACUGGAAGGAAAUCACCUGUAUCGGUACUCGAAGGUGCUGGAGCCCCACCUGGGAGACCCGAAGCCCCGGCCGCUCCCUGCCUGCCCGCACCUGUCCUGGGCCAAGCCGCAGCCCGUCAACUUGACCGGACCCAGUAACCUUUGGAAGAGCCAGAAACUACUGGCGAUCGAUAUUGAACCUCUGCCCAAUUUUAGGCAGAAUCGCCCUCAAGUGCGCCCUCUGUCCCCUGGCGAGAGUGGAGCCUGGGACAUCCCUGGGGGUAUAAUGCCUGGACGCUAUAAUCAAGACGUGGGCCAGACCAUCCCAGUCUUUGCCUUCCUGGGGGCCAUGGUGGUGCUGGCGUUUUUCGUGGUUCAGAUCACCAAGACCAAGAGCAAGCCGAAGAGGAGGAAACCCCGAGUGAAGCGACCCCAGUUCCUGCAGCCGCCCCACGCGGGCAAGACCCCCACUGUGUGAGCCGCAGGACACCCCCACGGGUCGCCGUGGCUGUGGACGUUUCUAACGGGACUCCGUUCUGCUCCCUCUCGGAGAACACUUCUUCAUCGCGUGCGAAGCUGCAGCCUGUGACCGCAGAGGGUAGAUACUUUGGUCCACUAUUUGGCUGAAAGUCUUUCAGGAUCAAGUUACUCCCAGGAAGCCUUUUCGGGAUGGCACAUGUUCCAUGGCACCUCUCUCUCCUCAAAAACGUUGCUUUGUGUGCAUAUCGGACCUCUUUCUACUGACCAAAAGGAGGAAUCGAGCUGAAGCCCAUGUUUGUUUUUGUAUUUAUUGUUUUGCAUUUGUAAGGGAAUAAUUUUCCUAUUAGGGCUCCUGAAUGAACAGGGUGUGACGGUAUCAAAUUGCAAUGCAUUCUCUGGUUUUAGUGGUGUACCGGUGGGAAAAUAUGCUUUUUUUUUCUUUUUCUAUGUCCUCCAGGCAAGGUUUUUCUUGGUGUUGUCACAAGUCCUUGUCUCUCUUUUUAUAAAAUGGCAUCUACUAUGGCAUUUUGUAAAUAUUCAUCAUGAUUUCACCAUUAUCGGUGGAGCAGGUUUGCAAACUUUUCAAAUAUAUCUUAUCAAGUAUGAAGCUGAAAA